GUUGUCCGACAUAUCAGCUGACAGGCCGUGCCAACCUCUAUCUGAAAGAUAUCAGGGGAACAGGGACUCCCUUCAGAAAGUCCCUACAGAUGGAGGGGGGAGCAGGAAACCUCCCCAGCACCUCUGGAUCCCAGCAAGGGGAGGGUGUUGUAACCAAAAAACGCCGGAAAAGAAAUAAGGAAUUAAGGCCAACAUAUCACAACAAGAAGGCCAAAGGCAAAGAGAGGAGCAAAAAAAGAAAUCAGAAAACAAGAAAGAGCUCCUCAAGUGUAAAGAAAGAUGCCGAUGCUGAAAGUGAAGACACAGAUGAAGGUGAGAGGGAGGUAGUGGAGACCACAAGCAGCCAAACUGAGGAGACUCUGCCCGUAGAAACACAACAUGUGGAUCUACAAGCAGAAGACAAUGUGCAAACUGUGGAAGAACAAUGCCACAAAGAUGCUAAGAUUGUGCAAGCUCACACUCAAACGAAGAAACCAAAAGGUACAACUAAAUGCACACAAACUCCAGUUGUUUGUCAGAGGAACCAGGAAACACAGACUGACUUCUCUGAGACAAAACAAGACGAUGAGAAGGCUCAACCUGACACGAAGGAGAAGAAACAAGACACGCCAGAAGCCAAAAUGCAAAGCGAUGCUCAGACUGAGUUAAACGCAAACCCGGACAAUGACAAAGCAGCGUCAGAGUCAGCCGAGAAGCAAAACUCUGAGAAAGAGUCAACGUCUAAAGAAGGGAAUCCCUCUGCAGAUGCCAAACCCGUGUCUUAUGCCAAAGUAGUGUCUGGAGAGGGUGGGAGUCAGAAACAGUCCAACGUGGAAGCCUCCAAAGCAACGGAUAAAAACACAAAAACACCCCAAAGCACACAUGAUCGCAGCUCAGUGAGACCUCCACCCGCUGCUACCAUGUUCACCGUUCACAUCUAUGCAGUGAUGGACAAAAAGUUUCGAUUCAACCAAGAACAUGACACGCUUGUGAUGUGUUAUGACCAAGGGCAAAUACCCUUUAAGAUUAAUCAUUUUGUUGGACUACAACAACAAGGAUAUCUGGUGGAAGCAAGUCUUUCCGUUGAAGAGCGGGAUUUGACAAGAGGCGAGCGGUGGACAUAUUGGUAUGGUGUGACGCAACGUGCCAAAGAUAUAAAGACAGGAAGCACUACAAGACAUAUUCAUAUCCCAAUGGACCCAAACAUUAAAGAGCUGCACCUUUAUGAAGGCUUCAUUUCUCUUCAUGACGGGCGAAGUCUCUGGCAGUCUGGCCUUCAGAUGAUGGGGUGGCAGAGGUUCAAAAGUGUUGUAUGUUAUGUAUCAGAAGCCUGGCAGGCCUCAGCGGGGCAUCUGCUGAACAGAAUCUUCCAGAAAUGGAACCCGUCAGACAAACAGAGCACUGACAGGUUGUGGGACAGCUUGUCGUAUUUUACGAAGACUCUCGGUUCUGCACAUGCAAGAAUGGAUAUUCUAAACAACUUACACCCACCGAUGAUCAAGACAUCUGAGCUGAUUGCGGAGACAUUGGUUCAGAUUUUAAAAGGAGAGCCAAAGGAGAAAGUCCCAAGCAGCUGGAGGAGCAGCAGUCCUCUCAUUCAGGGCCUGUCUGUGUUUGAGGUUUCCCAAAAGUUUGAAAUCAGCCUUGGAAUGAAAGGAUUGGCUGAGCUGUGUCUCCUCGUGUCUUCAGAGACUGCGAUGGAAAAGAAACACCUUGACGAGUUUCUAAGUUAUUUCCAAAAUCCACAUUUUGUUGUGUUGGGUCUGAUGAAUCUCUGUGCUAAGAGCAUGGUGUUGGAGUUCAUCCUGCUCCUUCCACUGCUCUUCAGGCUCAGACAGCCGGGAGCAGACGCAACCAAAGUGGGUCCGUCUGUGGAGGAGGAGAACUGGUCGGGACUUGAAAGAGUCCAUUUCAGACAGUUCAGGGAGAACUUACAGUCCUACCCUGACCAAAGGAAGAAAAUGCUGGGUUUGAUCCAGACAAACCUUAAAAAGGCUGAAGAGAUGCCUCUGCUGCUGGUGAGCUGGCUAUCUUUAGUCGCAUUUGAGGAUCUUCCGGAAUUUUCAGACAUGGCGGGAAUACUUGCAGAACACCUGAUCCAGAGUCUGCUCUACAGACUUCGAAGAUGUGCAGAGUUAAGGGAUAACAACAGAGCAGAGGAGCACGUAAAGCACGCUCAGAAAACCCUGAACCAUUUACUGCUGAAGGUAGACAAAGAGAAGGACAGAAUGAUUGACACUGGUAAUAUAAAGCUGAUCUUCAUGAGCAGCAUCAGUUUGUUGUCAAGCACAUCAAGCAUAACGCGACUCGUCCAGUCGUACCACGCUGCAGUCCUUGCCUACCAGCUGGUGUUGAAAUUGGCAGACAUGAUGAAUGCCAAACUGAAGAAAGAGACCUCGGAAGAUGAGUUUGAGACCUUAAAUAAGAAAUUCUUGGAGGAUCUACACUCUGUGCAGAAGCGAGUCAGUGACUGGAGAGAUGAAUUGCUGCAAAACCCCCUUCUGACGGUGUCUAAAACACUCAGCUAUCCAAAGGAAAUUGAGAUGUGGGACUCGCUGCUGAAGGUGGAAUGCUCUCUUGAAGAAGUUUCAUCCAGUUGGAGGCUGAGCCUGAAAAAAGACCUGAAGAAGAGGAUUUCUAAGGCCAGUGAAGGGGACCAAGUCUUGGUCUGCUGCCUGGAAACUUCAAUGGCAGCCAUAAGAAAAAGUGAUGAAGUGGUACAGACAUGUUUCGACGAGCUGUGUCGGUCUGCUAUCAAGGAAAUCUGCCAGAGGAAGCAGGAGGGAGACCUGCUGAAAAGCCUCUAUUUUAAGACGAAGGAACCACCCGUUGUUGUCUUGUCUGCUGUUGUGAUUGAAUCAGCUGCACGAUUCAGAGACGACCCGGUUGUCCAGCUGCUAGAUCCACAGUCCGCCAUGAACCACCUGCUGUCUCACGGUGAUUGGCAGUCGAUCCAAGUGGAUGAUGCUGCGGCACAAGUUUUCGACAGUUGUGUGACCACUCUGCGUCAUCUGGUGGAGUCGCUGCUUCAGGGACACGUGGCCCUGGGAAACCUGCAGACCUGCCUGAAAUACAGAGACCAAUUUAAGAGACUCUAUCAGCAGUACAAGAAACACACUAAAUCUAAGACCGUUCCUGUCAGUGCAGAUGUGGUUUUGGAUCAGAGAGAAAAGGAUUUGCAGUCUUUCCAGCAACGAAAACUGAAAAUUGAUACACUGAUAAAGAUGAUAGCAAAGGUGGCAGAAAGCAUCACAGCUCCUGAGAUGUUGAAUCUGGAGAAGCAACACAGUGUGGAUCUGCACACAGUGAGCCUGAACAAACUGGUGUUUGUUCAGACCUUUAAUUCUGAGGGGAAGCUGGGAAAGACGGGCACCUCCCAGGUCCUCUGGUAUAAAGUUGGUAUGAAUGUCCUGAAAAUGUCCAAUGAGAUGCAAAAACUGCAGCACAGCAACCUGAUGCUGUCCCACUGGGCCAGGGAGGCUGCAUCCCUGGCUUCAGCGAGGCAACACGGCACAACUCCUGUUCCAGUCACCCUGACACAGAUCUAUGAAAUCCUCUGGCAGCCGCUGCUCACAGAGUUCUCUCGGCUCGGUGUGAGCAUGGCAGAUGCAAGCAUCACUUUCGAAGAGCUCAAUGAAGUUUGGAUGGAAUCCGGUGACCAGGGCGAUGGGAAACUAAUGAAGAAGGAGCUGAGUCUGAUGUCUGAGAUACUUUGUGAGUCGGGAAAGCUCAAACCUGAGAAGAAGUGGGUGGAUCAGAGGCUGGCUGAGAUCCAGGGGUAUCGACAGCUCCAAGAGGCGGCCGCUGCAGCCAGUGCAAUGCUGAAAAUCGCAGAACAAAUGAACCUUUCAGGGAACUUUGCAGAAAUUGAAACUCUCAUCCAACUGGAAGAAGACACAUUUAAACAGAGGCCCCUGGGGUCCCUUACUGCUGACCUGUUUCAAGCCAAAGAGCAGCUCUCCGAAGUCACCAAGCAUCACACGGCCUGUCUGGAAGAGUUUCUUGUGAGCCAGACUCUGGUCAGCUGGGUCAGAGAGAACCUUAAAAAUAUGAGCGAUGUGAAGGUGUAUGUGGACCUGGCUUCCAUUUCUGCUGGAGAGAAUGACACAGAGAUCGACCAGGUGGCAUGUUUCCACGAUGCAGUGAUGGGAUACGCUCCUCUGCUCUACUCCCUCUCCCCUCACGCUGGCUUUCAGGAGUUCCUGAAGUGUGCUAAGCAGGUGUGGGAAACCCAAAACAGAGAUGAGAAGCUACCGGACAAACUGAGAGAGUCCACUCGCCUGCUGAACUGGCUGAAAGCACUGAAGGAGACGCACGGCUCUGUGGAGCAGUCCUCGCUCUCCCUGGCUUCUUCUAUAAAUGCUGAUGGAGUUUAUCACAUAGGAUGGUCCGAUGAAAACACAGAGAAGAGAUGUCUACAGAACAUGAUACAGGUCACAAUAAAAAGGGGCACAGAGGAAAAGAGCUACAAGCUUGAAGACCUUCUGGAGCUCCAAAAUAAACUCAUGCUCAUGUCUUCGAAAGGCGAGCAUGGCAGAGAGCAAGUCAACAGAUUUACAGAGGUUUUUGAAGGGGUUCAGAGACUGGGGACCAUCCUUCUUCAAAUGCAAACAUCCGGCAACAUGCUCUUCAGGGAAUGGCAUGCUGAAGUCCAGUGCUGCCCACAACAGCAGGAGCCAUGCAUCAAAGCCACCUUCCUAUCGCUGCAGGGUAAAGAGAUGGUGUACCAUGGCGAGGUGACCGAGCAGCUGCAAAAGCUGAAUCACUCCAUGGAUGGCUGCAAAGACAAAUGGCGCUCCUUUAUCAGCGAGAUGCGCUCCAGCUUUAACUUGCUGAACCACUACACCUCAGAGCAGAUAGUGUACCUGUGCCACUGGAUACAUAAAGUGUGUCAUCGGCAGGCGCCAGUUCCUCCACAGUUAUGGUUUUUACUUUUCCCCAUAAAGCCUCAGUGCACUCUAACUGAUGUCAGAGACGCUUUCUGUAAUGCAGCAAGUAUUCAUUCGAAGAAUGAUGAGGAAGAGGAAUAUAUUGAGUUUGAGAAUGAAGAUCAAUCAGUUCUUUCUAUGGACUCAACCCCAGCUUCACCGGGACAAAGUGAAGAUGACAUUGAGGAGGCCCUUGAUUUGAUGGAUUUUUCCUCAGAGGAUGAAGAUGCUGGUGUCUUGAAGUGUGAUGAUGAUACAGCAGAGGGCUCACUGCCUGGACACACUGAUGACAAGAUGAACUGCAAUGAGGACAGUCUUGAAAAACUCUGGUGUAAAUUCAAGAACGACAUGCCACAGUACCUCGACGAUUACUUGGACAUCCCAUCUCUGGCCAAUUUCCUCUCAUGCCUUUCUGAAAUGAACCAGCAACAGACGAUGAGGAAUCUUCCACUGGUUCUCCAGGAGGGAAAACCCAAUCUUGUGAUUUGUCCCAGUGCAGAAGUGUUUGCCACUGUCCUGUCUUUUUAUAUGCAGAGUCCAGAUCAACCUCUCCCAUCUACUGAUGAGGUUCUUGUCUGCAAAGAGGAAACCACAGAGGAGGAGGUGGAGAUUUUUCUCCGCCGAGCUCUCGGUCAAGGCUCAGAAGGAAACUGGCAGAAGAUAUACUCUCUUGUCAAUCCAGGGCUACUGGGAUAUGAUGUCAGUGAGGCCUCUGGGGAGCUCUUUGAGUUUCUUGAGAGAAGUACAAAUCCGCAUUAUCGCUUGAUAAUAGUCAGUCCGGUUGAGCACCAGCACAGAUAUGUACCCUCUUUCUUCAGCAAUUACAAAGUACAGGCUGGCAUGAGUCUAACAGCAGAGACUGCCAGGAAAUAUCUACAUCACCACUUCACUCAAAACAGCCAACAAAACCCUGUCACACAGGUUUCUGCUGAUAAGCUCUCAGUCUGGAUGGUGUCAUCUGCACGCCCUGCAGUUGGAAAAUCCCUUUAUGUGGAUCGUUUGUUCGAGAAGUUCAAGCAGAAAUCUCCCAGAGCAAAACAUAUCAGGAUCAGAAUGAUUGAGCCAUGUGUUGAUAUGGACUCCUUGAUAAAGACUCUUUCAGAGAAACUUGUCCCCUUGAGAGAGCAGGACCCUUGUCUCCUGCACAUAGACAUCGCUGGAGUUCGUUCAGGUCUAGAGGAGCUCCUGUUCCAUCUGUUGGUACUUGGCUGUUUGAGCGACAGCCAUGGAAUGUUGUGGAGAAGAAAUGUUGCUCAUUUGAUAACAAUUGAGGUCCUGAGAACAUGCAAAUCAACUCAGAACCAACCAAAAGAGAUGAAGCUUGGACUUCUUGACAUUCUGCCUACCAUCCAAUGUAGACCUCCAAAAGAGGUGAAGCAGUUGUUGGCCAGUAAAGGGGUGUUGAAAAAAUCAACCUUUGAUCCACUCAUGGAUGAGCGGGAGUUUUGCAGUGAGGGUAUUCAAAGACCCUAUCAAUACUUAAAGGGCUUCAACCAGAAUCAGAAUCUGGAUCGGUUUAAAUACCAGGAAGGAUCCCGCAUAGGAAAUCACAUUGAUUGUGUCAAUAUUUUUCUGUUAUAUUGUGGAAUGCAAGAUCCAUCUUGGGCAGAGUUGAAGAACUUCUCCUGGUUCCUCAAUGUUCAGCUGAAAGACUGUGAGAACUCAGUUUUCUGUGAUCCAGAUUUUCUAGCUGACCAGCUACCUGGUUUCAAAGGCUUCGUUGUGAAGUUUAUGAUCCGAAUGGCAAGAGAUUUUGCUUCUCCAUCUCUGAACACAUCUGAUGAAAGUUCCACAAUGCACAAUAACAGUGUGGAAGAUGACAUUCUUGACAUGAUGGAAAUUCGCAAGUAUUGGGAAAACGAGUCUCAUCCAUACAUUUUCUUUAAUGCAGACCGAUUCUCAAUGUCAUUUCUUGGCUUCAAUGUGCAGCAAUGUCAAAGGCAAAACACAUUCAACGCAGUUGAUCCUCGAAGCAGCAAAGUCCUGAUAGAAGAUGUGAUGUCUCAAAAACUUUUUGAGGACUUGGAACGGCAAACGAUCUGUCUCACAGAAGACUUUGAUCAGUUGCCCCGGGCGGACAAAAUCAAAAGGAUUUCUUGCGUUGUUGGUGCAAAGAAAGGAAUGAUGGAGAGAGACUUUGAUCCAGACCCAACAUAUGAACUCACUGCGGACAAUGUGAUGAAGAUGUUGGCAAUACACAUGAGAUUCAGAUGUGGAAUUCCAGUUGUCAUCAUGGGAGAAACAGGCUGCGGUAAAACCAGAUUAGUCCGUUUCCUUUGUGCUCUGCAGAGGGAGCAAAAACCAGUGGAAAACAUGGUACUUGUGAAGGUACAUGGUGGAACAACAGCAGAGAUGAUCUACAGAAAAGUGAGAGAGGCAGAGAUACUUGCUGUAAAUAACCGAAGAACGCACAAACUAGACACCAUUUUGUUCUUUGACGAAGGCAACACUACAGAGGCCAUUUUUGCCAUCAAGGAAAUCCUGUGUGACCAAUCAAUGAAAGGGGAACCUCUGAAAGCCGACAGUGGCUUGAAAAUAAUUGCUGCAUGCAAUCCUUACAGGAAGCACUCACCUGAAAUGGUUGAACGUUUGGAACGUGCUGGUUUAGGAUACAGAGUGAAGGCAGAUGAAACAGAAGACCGUCUUGGCAAAGUCCCCCUGAGGCAGCUGGUGUACAGAGUUCAUCCCCUGCCACCAAGCAUGGCUUCCUUGGUGUGGGACUUUGGUCAAUUGAGUGAUUCAACUGAACUAUCCUAUAUCAAACUCAUUGUGCAGAAACAACUCGAUGAACAUCGAUUGCCAGCAGCCUGCAAGGACGUCAUUUCAAAUGUGCUGGCAGCCUCCCAGGAAUAUAUGCGAGGUCGGAAGAAUGAGUGCAGUUUUGUGAGUCUCAGAGAUGUGGAGAGGACUAUGAAGGUGCUAGUUUGGUUUUACCAGCAUAGCGAGGUCCUUUUCAUCAACUGCUCUCCCCUCAGUGCGGCUCAUAAAACAGUCAAGUGUUUGAUUCUUUCAGUUGGUGUCUGCUACUACCCAUCUCUGGUGGCCAAAGAUGAGUACCUCUCUGUGAUUUGUAGGUACUUUCCAGACCCUUAUUGCUCUCAAACAGCAUUGCAACAAGAGAUUUCAACCUGUCAAGACUUCUUCCUUCAGAACAUACAGACAAGAGAGACCAUAGCCAAAAAUGUUGCUCUCAAAGAGAAUGUGUUUCUCAUGGUGGUUUGCAUUGAGCUCAGGAUCCCACUCUUUGUGGUUGGUAAGCCAGGCAGCUCGAAGUCGCUUGCUAAAACAGUGGUUGCUGAUGCCAUGCAGGGCCAGAACUCACACUGUGAACUAUUCAAGAAUCUCAAACAAGUUCAUAUGGUUUCCUUCCAGUGCAGUCCUCACUCAAGUCCAGAGGGAAUCAUAGGGACAUUCAGGAACUGUGCCCGUUUCCAGAAGGACAAAAACAUGGAUGAGUAUGUAUCUGUGGUAGUCCUUGAUGAGAUAGGACUUGCAGAAGAUUCUCCUCAGAUGCCCCUGAAGACUCUUCACCCUCUCUUGGAAGAUGGUUGCAUUGACAAUGACAAGCCAGAUAGACACAUGAAGGUUGGCUUUGUUGGCAUAUCCAACUGGGCACUUGACCCAGCAAAAAUGAACAGAGGUAUAUUUGUGUCAAGAUGGGAUCCAAGUGAGGGUGAACUUGUGGAAACUGCCAAUGGAAUUUGUUCCUCCUCCAAACAAAUUCUUCUGAAAAUCAAACACCUCUUCCCAUCGUUGGCAAAGGCUUUCUUGAGUAUCUGUAAUGAGACAACAAAGAAUCAGUUCUUUGGUCUAAGGGAUUAUUAUAGCCUGGUCAAAAUGCUAUUUGCCAUUGUCAAAUCAACACAACAAGAACCAGAUGGUGAACAGAUGGUGGAGGCUAUCUUGCGUAACUUCAGUGGACAACCAGAGGGUUUUGACCCCGUCAUGUUGUUCCAAGAGUUUCUCCAGAAUUUAACAGAAAUUCCAAGACCUAGCACCUUGCAAAUGGUGAAAAAGAAUCUUGACCAUGACACCAACCACGAGAGCCGUUACCUACUUUUGCUGACCACCAACAAUGCUGCUCUCCAUUUCCUUCAGCAACAAAUCUUCGCCAAAGGAGACUGUCCACCUCCUGAAAUAGUCUUUGGCUCAGGAUUCCCGAAGGACCAGCAAUAUGCCCAAAUCUGCCGUAACGUGAACCGUGUAAAGACUUGCAUGGAGACCGGGCGUACUGUCAUCCUCCUCAACAUGCAAAAUCUUUACGAAAGCCUGUACGAUGCCUUGAACCAGUACUACGUUUACCUCAGUAAGCAGCAAUACGUGGAUCUUGGUCUUGGUUCCCACAGAGUCAAAUGUCGUGUCCAUACACACUUCAGACUGGUGGUGAUAGAGGACCAGAAGAAGGUCUAUGAGCACUUUCCCAUGCCCCUCAUCAACAGGCUUGAAAAACACAGGGUGGAUAGGAGUACUGAUCUGGAACCAUGGCAACACAGGGUUCUCAACAAACUGAAGGAGUGGGUGAAGGAUUUCUCAGGUGAGGCCUUGAGGGAUUUCAAGCUGUCUGAUAUUUUUAUUGGCCACCAUGGAGAUGCCUGUGCCAGUGCUCUCUUGCAAGCACUGGAAAGAAGAGCCAAGCAAGGGGAAGACAGUGCAGUAAGACAACAUCAACAGAUUGAUCAAGAUGACCAACUGGAAGAAGAUGAAUCAAACAUAUGUGAUGAUGAGAACAAAGCGAUGUCUGAGCGUGAUGAACCCAUGGAAACAGAAAACGCUGUUGGGCCUCCUGGAGAAAAUCAGGAAGAAGAAGUGUUGGAUAUAGCAAAAUGUCUCUUGUUGAACUGUGCAACCCCGGACGCUGUUUUGAGGCUCAAGUUUUCAGAAUUGGCAAACCAAGAGAAGGAGAAACUCCAGAGAUUGUACUUCCAGCAACAGCAUCAUCACUGCCUUCGAGAUUUCCUGAAAGAUUUCCUGAACAAGCAUGAGGGGUCCAGCAAGUUUCUAGAGAUAACUACAUUCUCCGGCUUGCUAACAAGAUCAGAUAUCAGCGUUGUAGCCAAAGCUCUAGGACUGCAAACUGACAGGAUCCUCCUGCUCUCACUCCACCAGUUUGACACUGAGGUUUCCUUCUGCAACAAUAUACGGGCCUUCCUUAAAGAUGCUGACAACUCUCUUCAUGUCAUGCUAAUCCAGAUGGACCUCGAGGAAUCCCACUGCAGCGAUGAGCUCAUAGCAUCAGCAAAGUAUUGCACCAUGAAUUACUUGAUGACACUGGAGCAUCAGACCUGUUGGGUGAUUUUCAUUGUGAAGGUUUCUAGGAUCCCAAGUAAAUCUCAGUACAUUGGUUUCCAAGGAGGUGUCUGGCAGUCGGUGCAUAUUGAUGACUUGAGGGAUUCAGACGACAUGAGCCGGAACCUGUUGGUUUUCUGUGGAACUCUCAUUAGCAGCCUAGUCAACCCUGCAGAACAUGAUGAAGAUGGAGAAACAUUGAAGAAAACGAAAGACUCUCAGGGAGAUACAGCCCAUCUCCACAGCCUCUCCUUAGUGAGAUCAUGUAUCCAAAAAGCUGUGGGUCUGCUGAGGGACCCCAAUAGUGUGAAAUCGCGAGGCAUGCAGCGGAUGCACAUCCUUCUGACACUGCUGAGAACUGGUCACACGCAAGUAGGAGCUCUCUUUCAGGAGGUGAUGUUGAGUAGACUGGCAGAGGCUUUUGCAGAGAGAGAAAAACUGAUGAAUUCUCCUAAGGAAUGGGUGAGCAGAGAAGCCAAGAAUCGCCAGGCUCUACAGGAGGGGGGAACUUUGAGACAUACCCUGUGGCGCUAUCUGCAGUCCACAGUGACUCCGAUCUUGGCAAACAUGUUGGAAGUUAUGGACAGGUAUGCAAAUCUGGACUUGCUCUCUGGAGACAGGCUCAGUGAGCACCUAAUAAAGCUUUGGUUGGACAUCCUGUCAGAUUCACAGGUUUUGAACUUAACACCCGUCCAAAACCCGAGUGAGUCAGACCAGGAGGUGCUUGUGCAUAAUUUCUUCGUGUUGGAUGGUGAAGAACAACCAUGUGCUGCCCCGUUCAGCUGGCUCAUCAGAAUGCACCUUGAAAGCUUGUGGGAAGAAUCAGAAUUCAUGCCAGUGAGAGAGGAUGGCACAGGGAGGAUUCUCCCGUUUGUGAGCACCUUCACCAACAGCAGGCUGGGCAGUCACUUUCAGAAACUCUCGGAAGAAGAGAGAUUGGAGUAUGGCCACCACUUUCUACAAGACUUUCUGCUGCUCGCUUUGAAGAUCAAGUCUACGGACGAACUGAGGGUGUUCACCAGGGCCAUGUUGGGCUGUGUGUCUGAGCUUCAGACGUCUAUGGGUGCCGUCACUGAGCUCUCUCCUGCUUGGAUAAUGGCGGCAGCCAAACAUUUUGCCCCGAGACUGGACACUCUCUGCCACAUAUUUCUGCUGCAGCCCCAGCUAACCAACAAGGUUCAAAAGCAGGAUGGAAAGAGGGAGCCGCCAGAAAUGGUGGAGGAUAUUCAAGCUCUUGGUAUCUGUGUUGAACAGACCAAACUGCUGACAGUAACGUCCCAGCAGGAGUGUGAGACCUUCGUGAGCAGAAUGAAGUUCCUGCAGCCGUGUCUGGAUCGAGUGUUCAGUCAGAAAUACAGAACCCUCUGCAGCCCCAGCUGUAGGCAACAUCUGGACUCUAUCAGGUCACUGUGGCAUGGGAUGCUGGUUGUUGCAUCUUUCAUACAGCACAUCAUUUUAAAAGUCAAUAAAAAUGACUCAAGAUUGAAAGAACUGGCUCUCAAACACUGCAACCUUCACCUGAACUUGAUGCAGGAGUCUCCGGAUGUCAAAAGCGUGGACACAUUACAACAGCUGAUCCGGAUCCUCAACUCUUUUCACGAUGAAUGUAUCAGCAGGGACCUGAGGUUAGGCAUUUCUUGCCCAGUUUGCCUGUUGGAGUUCAAAGAGCCGGCCGUCCUGCCCUGUCAGCAUGUGUUCUGUUUGGCCUGUCUGCAACGCUGCAUUCAGGAACACAGUUACUGUCCAAAAUGCAGGACAGACCUGCCACCUAAUUUCAAGCCUGCUGUUUCUCCCGACGUCAAGGCAGCACUUGUGCAACAGGCAGCGAUCAGGGACUGCUGUAACUCCUUCUUCCUGGAGGUGGUGUCCAGGUUCUGCCUAUCAGAGGGGCAGACACCAGGAGAUGGGUUGGUGGAGCUGCUCUUCUCCUUACUGGUCUCCGCUAACGGAGACGUGUACAAGACCAGAGAGCUCACUCCCUUCCUGGAGUGUGUGGACAACAGUCCUGUGGUGCGCUCUGUGCUGCCCAAACUGCUGCUGCAGUACAGUUUUGAUCAGGUGAAGGCUCAUAUUCAGACCUACCUGAAGAAUCUGGAGGAGAAUCUUCUGAACAGAGAAGACCGUACUGAACUCUACCUGCUGUUUGUCAACUGCUUCCAGGACUCUUUAUUGUGCUCGGAAGCAAGAGAAGUGGAACAGAGCACAGAACAGCUAAGACAGGCAGAAAUCAGAUUCCUGAGCAGCUUUGCUGAGAAACAGACUCCGGACCGACAGCAGGACCCGGUAGAGUUCCUGCUCAACACAGCCAGGCUGAGGGUCAACCUGAGCACUGCUGCUGAGCUACUAAAAAAAGUCCCAGUUGAGGGCAGACCUAAGGACAUGGAGGCUCAGUUCCUGCAGCAGGUGAAGGCGGUGUGUGAGGGUGGAGGUAAUGACUGGCAAAGGGUUUACCUGCUCCGGGCCCUGAACAAAUGCUCAGGUAUCGAAAGCAUCCUGUACCUGAUGAACAGCCCGGCCUGGAGGUGGAUCUUCCCUGCAGAACUCCCCCGACUUCAGAGGAUUACGCCAUCUAACAUGGACCCGUUCCUGUGCUGCGGGGCGUCUUACAGAGCGGUGAGAGAGGCCGUGGGCCAGGUGCUGCUGGAAAACAACUCUGACAACUUCAUGACACAAAUAAAGAAGCUGAGAGAUCCUCAGAUGGGCCUGUUGGCCUUGGCCUUGUACAGACAGGUCACCUGCCGCUACAAAUGCCCUGACGUCCGCACGCUUCCCUCCCCGCAGGAGUUGGCGAGACUGGAAGCUCUCCUGAAAAACGUCAAGUCAAAGGAGAUGAGGGACUUCUGCGUUGCGCUCCUGUCCAAUCACAUUGGUGGACCGGGCUCAGGUCUCCAGAUCAGGAGUGAUGUUUCUGCCCUGAAACAAAACCUCCUGGAGCUACUGCUCCACCUGGACUCUGUGAUGCUCAGUGGAAAUCCUCUCCUGCUUCCUCUUCAUCAGAUAGCCUUCCAGCAUCAGAAUGUCACAAAUUCCUUUCUGCCGACCAUGCCUGAUGAUAAUACGAGUGAAGUCCUACAGUUUAUGGGAAAUAAAGCACAAAUGUACUAUUGUGCUAAUGGGCAUCCAUGGGUUGUGACUGAGUGUGGCAGACCGGUGGUAACAGCAAAAUGUCCCAUAUGUGGGGUCCUAGUUGGUGGGAAUAACCACAACCCAGUGGAUGGAUUUACUGCCAGACAAAGUGUCGGAGAUCAAACUCGGACAGGACACAUAUUAGGAGAGGCUCACCAGAGGUCUGAAGCCCCUGAGAGACAGAUGACCAGCGCUCAGUCCUGCAUCCUGCGGCUGCUCACACACCUCGUCAUGCUUCAGGGAUCCAUAAAAAACAACAGAGGAGUUUCUGACAUGAUCCACCCCAGGACCAAUAAUGUUUCCAACUUCCUGUGGAAACACCUUGAAAAGGACAUGAAACUGCUGGGGCAGACCCUGGAUCAGAACAUGGACAACACAGUCGUCACAGUUCAUUUGAUCCUCAAUACCUGCAAAGGUGACUUUACAACUACUUUCAACUUGUUGCUCUUUAAAAAAUACAAACAUGUAAUUUUACUUUGCUAUAAUCUGGCGAUAGGUUCCCAUGGAGCAAGACAGGAUCUGUCGUCCAGACAAGGACGGCAACAGUGGGAGAAGUUUGUCUGUGUUUCUGCCAUCAACCCUGUGCUUAAAGAUUUGAAGAAGAGUCUGUCCGAAGCUCAGGACAUAAUCGGUGCUGAUGACGGACUCGCUGGAAGCCCCUUGAGGAUUCUUCUCUUCAAGGACCCCGGCUCCAUGCUGUCCCUCCCCUCCGACUGCCCCACACACCGUUCCUCCUUCUGGACUCUUCCGCAGACACUGACUGUGAAGCGCUUCUCUCAGCUGGUGGAGGAGGCAAAUGGAUGCAGGCCCCUCCCACUGCUGAGCCUCUUCAUCACGAAGAUACCCUGUGUGAGGCAGUUACAUCACCUGCCUGAGCUGGCUGCUCUACAGUCAGACCUGCUGAGGGUGUUUCCUCUGACAUCAGACUCCACAGCUAAGACUAUUGCUCAGAUGUUACAGCAGAUACCAGCAGGGUACCAGAAGAAGAUGCUGAAUGAGAGAGUGAAUAAAUUCAUGAAGGUGUGGAACUGCCUCAGAGCAGAGGUGGCCAACGGUACGGCCAGUGAGGAGGUGACACCUGAGAGCUCUGGGGAGUUUCUGACGCUGUGCCGACAUGGACGGGGGUCGUGUCUCCGAACUCUCGUGGACUUUCUGUCGGAGGCUCACAACAGCCUGGUGAGAGUCAGCCGCACAGAGGACAGUGAAUACAGUGUGCCUUUAGAGAUCAUAUCAGAAACCCAGCUGACCCUGUGCAGCCCGGAGAGAGAGCUGCUACCGCUUGUUUUAUCCCACUGCCACUACACCUUGAAGAAAGGUGGGGAGAUCGACAGCAGCUACGACCUGCCGGGCAUCCAAGGACAGCUGGCCUGCCGCUUCCUAGCUGGAAAACCACUUAUCCAAGCGGACACCUCGAGGUACUUAAACAGACAGCGGCAGGACUUCUCUGUGAUUCUAGCCGAGGUCAGAGGCAAGAUUCCUCAGGAACCGCUGAAGGGUUCGGUGAGCAGCGCCAUGAGGACGGUGCUGCGCUCAUACACAGAUGUGUGUGACGCCGUGAAUGUGGUGGAAAUUGGCCUUCGCUUUCUUGGCAAGACAGGCAGGGAUCCACAGGGUCAACUCCUGACCUACCUCACUGAUUCACUGCAGAUGGAGCAGCAGAUAUCCAGCCCUGUAGCCAAGGCUCUUGGAGAUAGCAAACUUGAACACAGCAUAUCCACCUGGCAGCUCCUGACCUCUUGGAAAUCUGAGCUUAUGCUAAGCAGAAAGCAAGACCCGUUUCAGAAGCUUCCCGCAAAGUUCCAGCAGAAGCUCUCAGAGAAGGAGAGGAAGGGGCUAAAGGUUUUCCUCACUGCCACAGAUGUUGAAACGUUCUGUUUGGAGCUGCAUGAAAUUCUGCUGCUGAAGAUCAACCACGACGUGCCUGCAGAGGGUUACCAAGCCCAUUGGGACAUCAGGUCCACUCUACAGAUUCAUAUGGAGCAGAAAGGCCUUCCAGAUCUGCUAGAGCUUGAGUCUUUUUCAGAAGACACUACACUGGGACAAGGGGCUGAUGUGUGGAGGGCUGCUGUGGAGUUCAAAAGAAGAUAAUUUAUUAUUACAGUCUGAUCUUUUUCUUAUAUUGUCAUUUAUUGCUGUUGUUAUUGUUAUAUCCUUAAUGGGAUAUCUGGAUCAGGAUUCAAUGUCUAAGUUGAGGAUAUUGCAUGUUCUGAUGAGUCUAAAUAUAUCUGUAUAUUUUGAGAUGUCUGAAAGUGACAGGAUAAUGCAGUAUAUAUGUAUUUAAUGUAGGCCUAUUUUGUAUUCAUUAUGUAAUGUUAAGUGUGUUAGUAAGAAAUCAGGGACUAAUACUUAAGUUGAUUAUUAAUUAAUCCAAAUUUUCUUAAUGUCUUUCUUUUUGAGUUAAAUUGUUUUCUGGUGUUUUUUCAAUUUUUUUCCUAUAAUAAAGACUUCUUACAUUUUCAAA